UCUGCUGCAGAACCUCUCUCUCUGUAUCUCACUCUUUUGUUGUUGUUAUUCAAUGAGGACCCAAGCGGAGGAGAAGUUCUCGGACUACUUCGAGAAGUGGGUGUGUCGGCUCGAGGAGUACUGUCACCAGCUCCACAGCGCGUCCAGGGAGACCUCCAUCACCGAGCAGGAGCUCCGGGCCCUCGUCUCCAAGCUCACGGCCCACCACAAGGAGUACUACACCGCGAAGUGGGCGGCGGCGGCGGCUGCGGUGGGGGGCGGCGGCGACGACUUCUUCGCCUUCUUCUCGCCGCCGUGGUCGAGCCCGCUCGAGAACGCCUACUCCUGGCUCACCGGGUGGAAGCCCUCCACGGCGUUCCGCGUCCUCGAGGCGCUGCGGGCGCAGGGGGGCACCUUCGUGGCGGAGGACCAGAUGAAGAGGCUCGAGCAGCUGAGGGCCAAGAUCAGGCUCGAGGAGGAGAGGGUGGAGCGGGUGAUGGAGCGGCAGCAGGUCGGGGUGGCGGAGCGCAGGAUGGUCGAGCUCGCACGGCUCGCCGGCCGCCGGGGCGAGGCUGCGGUAACCGCAGCAGCUGGGGGCCAAGUGGACGUGCUCGUCGACGCGGCGAUAAAGGGCCUGGCGACCGGGCUGGAGCGGAUCAUGAAGGCCGCCGACUGCGUGCGGCUCAAGACGCUGAAGGGGGUGCUGGACGAGCUGAGCCCGGCGCAGUCCGUGGAGUUCCUGGCGGCGAUCUCGGCUCUCCAGGUGCAGCUGCGGCGGUGGGGGAAGAGGCGGCAGAGCCAAGUCGAGCACAGGUCGAGGGAGACUGCUAGCAGCUCGAGAAAGAGACGAGCUUUGUAAGAUAUCAUCAAGUGACGUUUCAAAGCUCGGUUCAGAGGCGGCAGAUUACUUUGACUUUUGGUGUUUUGGAUUUCGUAGGCAGCUUCGUAGGCGUGACAUUAUCUUUCCUUUUCUUUUGUAAAUCCGGUUUUGCUCAGUUUUAGUGUGGUUUGCUUACAUAAAUUUCGUUCGAGCUUUCUAUGUCGAAGCCUUUGUCUCGACCAUCUC